GUUUGCUUGCGUGCAUUUGUGCAUUUUAUUUACUGUUUGGGAUGUUAUGAAAUAUGUUGAGAUCAUUUACCGAUUUCGAACGGAAGACUGUAGUUUCCAAAAUGGGAAUGAUAUAAAAUAUUUUUACACAUCAGAAAUUGUGGAAAUCGUCAUCUUACAACAGGACAGAACGUUUGCAGAACACGUUAUAUCAAUUCUUGAAAGCUCUGAUUAUAUAUGCAUACUGAGAAAAGAUCAAAUACUAUUUCCUCACAAAGUUUUUAAAGUUUGCUUUUACACUUUCACCUUGUGUUUUCAAUUAUUUUGAUUUGCUGAAGAUAUUUACAAGACAAUUAUUCUGAUGUGUUUGACCGUUUAUCAAACGAAAAUGUGAACAAAGUUUUGUUAGUUUCGAACGACCGGGAAAAAAUGUCAUUACCAAGGUCAUCAGGCGUCUUCACUAAAGAUUUGUCAGAAAAAGAAAUAUCGACACCGGAAGUUGAACCAUUACAUAAAGAGGAAGAACGGUCAGGACGUGAUGCUUUGCAAUCCAAAGUUUGCCCUACCAUCAAGAAAGGGCAUCGGCUUGUUUCGGAAAAGUUCCCAGAAAAUCAAGCGGUCCCAUAUAAGGAAUAUGGACAAAACACUAAUAGUAGCACAUCUGCAAGGCCAGGUAAACAAACAUUUGCCGAAAACAUAUGUUUCAUGUGUUUUUCAAAAAAUGAAAAUCAGAAAGGAUUUAUCGCACUAGAGUGUUGUUCAUUAGAAAUGACAGAAAAAUGUGUCGAUAAAAGAAAACGAGAUGGAUACAUGGAGGUCGGGCGGGAAUAUUUCGAUGCUUGCAUAAAUGAGACAUUCAAUGUAAUGAUGGAACAGAGAGAGGCAAAAACCGCCACCUUACAGUUUAAUGAUAGUUGUGUCUUUGAAACAUUUGACGGAACAGAUAUCACGGCUGUUGUGAAAGUAUACAAACAGUCCAGUAUGCAUCCAAUAACUACGUUUCAAGCAGAGUUUUCUAAGGACGAGUCGCAAUGUCAACAAGAUGAGAAAACUUAUUCUACACUUUCUGAAAAUCGUCCCGAUCAUCGGAAAACAUUUAUGCCCGUGGAAAGUACGCCCAAUGUGUUGCCAAUAGAAAACAAAAUAUCAAGCACGCAAGCCAAAUGUAUUUCGCAUUGUGGGAUGAAAUAUCAGAGGGCAUCUUUCACAUGUUACUCAAUAAAUAAAUCACGGCAAAGCAAAGCUGUUAUAGAAUGUUGUUCUCCGGAUAUGUUAGAAGACCGUUUUGAACAAAGAAAAAGUGACGGGUUUAGCAAUGAUGGACAUUUUGAUGUCUCGGCCCGUUUGGGUGAAACGUUUAAAAUUGUCAUGCAAGGAAAUUUUGAUCAAAAAGCGGAUAUAACCUUCUCUAAAAUAUUUCAAGAGGUUGAAUUUCCAGUAAAAGAUUUCGCACGAAACUGUGUUACUAUUAUCGUUUACAAAAAGGAUAAACAUGCACUCCAGAGGUUUUCUAUUGACAGGCGAAACGAUGUUUUGGAAUUCAAAGGUGAUGUCAUAAAAAGAUGCACAUCACAUGAAUCGGAUGAAAAUAUUACCGAAGAACAUAGUUUGAAAGAUGAUUACCAUGAACCCGAAAAAGAACUUGCAGAAAAACAUUAUUGGAAAGAUUUAAAUUUACCCGGAAAAGAAAUUGUGGAAGGACCUGUAAAAGAUGAUUUACAUGCUCCUGAAAACAUAGUUGCAGAGGAAAAUUGUGUCGAGAUAGAUAAUAUACAUGUACGCAGAAACAAUGCUGUAGAAAAACAUCAUAUGAAUGGAAAUGGAGUUGCAGCAGAGUGCCAUUUGAAACAUGAUUUAGAUGUACAUGAAAAAGAUGUUGCAGUAGAAUAUCAUCUAGAAAAUGAAUUGAAUAUGACAAAAGCAGAAAUAACAGACGAACAUCAUUUGAUAGAUGAUGUACAUGUAUCUAGACAUACUAAUGUAUAUGUACAUCGAGAAAAAGAUGAUUUAUAUGUAUCUGAAAAUGAAGUUGAAGAAGAACUUAUUGCCGACGAUAACUUUAAUGUAACCGAAAAGGAAGUUGCAGAAAAACAUUGUUUAAAAGAUGAUUUACAUAGUUUGAAAUAUCACUUUAUAUUCGAAACAAAGGAUCAAGAAUAUCAUCAUUUAGAAGAUCAACACAAAGUAAUCGAUAACGAAACUACAAAACAAAGUCCUUUGGAAGAUGUAAUAUCUGUACCCGUAGAAGAAGAUGUAGAAAAACGUCAUGAAAAAGAUAAUGUUUCUAGAAAAGAUGUUUCAGAUCAAGAUCAUGUUAAAGAUAGUAUACACGUUUCCGGAAAAGAAGUCUUAAAACAACCUGGUUUAGUAGUUGUUUCACAUGUACCCGAACAAUAUAUUGCAGCAGAAUAUUUCGUUGAAGAUAAUUUGGUUGCAACAGAAAUAACAGAAGAACAUCAAAUUGCAGAAGUCGAAAAAGAAGUCGUAUGCGAGUAUUGUUUAACAGUACCCAGAAAUGAAGAUGUAGAAGAACAUCGCAUGCAAGACGCAGUCUGGGAUACAUGUUUCAAGAAAGGGGAAAUCUAUAUAAAAGAAAUGUUGAAACGAGGGCUCUUUCCACCAGUUGAUAUUCUGGACGAACUUUGUGAUUGCUAUGGACGAAAAUCACUUAUCGUUGGUGAAAUAUGCACUGUGACAAAAACACAAAUCAAAAGGGAUAUUGAAACAGCAUUCGAUACUGAAGUUGUUGACAUGUAUCCAGCUAUCAAGGAUGGUGCAAAAAACAAAAUCAUGUUUGUUUUAACGCUGAGUAAACAAGUUAAUGUGGCUGAAAUAAGGGAACGGGUGGCUUAUGUUGUUGAAUUUGAAUUUUGAACGCAUACAACAAAGAGGCUACGAUUCUUGCACAGUACCUACAUAAUAAUAAAAUAUUUAUGUCAAAAGAAGAGCUACAAAAUAUCCAGUCAUGCCAGAAACAUAUCGAAAACGAUCUGUUCGCCAAACAUAAGUAUUUAAGUAUGAUCACAUACUCUCCGGUUAAGUCUAAAAAAUAUUCUGAAAGUGAUCAACAUUUAAACGUUGAAAGGACAGUAUGUUUGCAGUUGUACAUUCAUGCAAAAGGAUUCAUACCGAUUUCGGAAGAUCCCUUUGAGACGAAGUACGGAGACAUAGAUACUGAUAUCAUUGAGUGCAUAUUUGUUUCGUACGGACAAACAGCUCGUGAACCUCAUGACAACAUCAAAAUGGGUUGUCGUAUUCAAAGAGAAAACAUGUCAGCGGAUCAUUCAAAUCCCGUUGUUAAAGGGGGAAAUCUUGGGGGAUUCAUUGAACAUCCAGAGCUUGGACUUUAUGGUAUCACUUGCGCACAUGCCAUGCUUUAUACACUUGAGUUUGAGAAAUGUGUACGAAAAAACAAAAAACUUUCUUUGCAAGAGUGGCCUUCGGAAUUUAAGGAAAAGACAGCAGUGUAUCAACCAGACGAACAGCUUCACUCUACAAAGAUUGGUCUAUUGUCAGAAGCACACUAUGACACGGGAGAUCAAUUUACAUCAGGACUUGACAUUGCUCUUAUCAAAAUUUGCAAUCGACACCCUGUUAAUGGGACGUUUCCCUUUGCAGAAGACAGACCACACGGCUCACGGAGAGAAGUUAGGGAGAAAUACGAGUCUGGAACAAUAAAAGACUACACAGAACUUGCAACAGACUGCAACGUCAAAGUCUGGAAAUUCGGCAGUACCACUGAUUCAACAAAUGUUUUUUCUUUUAAAUGGAACCAUCAGCGCUCGGCAAAUUGAUUUUGAAUGGCGAAUGGAUGAUGCUUUUGAUAUAAAACUGCACAAACAGAUUCGAGUAAUAAACAUUGACUCGCUGCCAUUUGCUCUACAAGGAGAUUCGGGAGCUUUGGUUUUUCAUGAACAGUCGGUUGGACAGUUAGCAUGUAUUGGAAUGAUCGAGGGUGGUUUUGCUGACAAUCCUGCAUUGGCAGUUGUUGCACCGAUAGGUCCUGUUUUAGAAAGGCUUAGAGUACAAAACAUUUAUACAUUCUCUGACACGAAACUGUAUAGAAUGGAAGCUCGGCUAGAAAGAAAUUUGAAUGCGAACCAAGCAGAGAUAAUGCGUAAAUUUGAAACUUUGGAGAGGAGGCUAUGGCCAUAGAUUUACAUUUCGAUUUGCGGUGUAGUUUAUUCAAUAUUAAGACUAAGACCACAAAUGUGUACAAAACCGUGUUUCGCUCAUAAAAAUGCUAGAACUGUUGAUUUUGAAGCACAUUAAUAUAAUAUUAAUUUUAUAUAAUUCUGAAAAAUGUUUAAUUAUAAUAUUCUAUAAGUCUUACCCUUAAAUAAAAUAUCAAGACAUUAUUUUUAGCACAAUGUUGUAUUACAUAUAUUACAUAUGUUAAUCAUUUUAUGUUUACGUUAUCUCAUUUGUUUUAAUUCGUGUUAUUAGUACUCUUGUCAUUAAGACUUCAUAAACACGACUUCUUUUUGGGUUAAAGCUUCUGCCUCAUAUAAAUAUAAAUGAGGCUGUUUUUAAUUAUUCGAUUAAUUUUCUUUGUUUAUUCCGAAAAAUUAAUAUUCUUUAUUGUUUAAUCAUAUUUUCAUUGUACUUUCCUCCUAGUUCGUACAUUUAUAAUCUCAUUAUAUUCCUAAAUAAAAACAUACUUUUAAACCUUAUUAAGCGAGCUAUGUCGGAUACUUGUCUUUAAAUGACUUUAUCGUACCUCUUAAAGGGAUUAGACACCGGAUGAUACAACUGCAAGAAAAAAGAAAACUGUCAAAAACGUAUACUUAAUGUUAUCGGUGUGGACAACGCAUUCAAUUUUACUUACUAAUGUAUCGCACCCCUUGCGACACAUGUAUCUUUCGCAGUCUUUGCAUACUUUUCCAUUUCGAAAUUUAAUGAGUUUGUCUACCACGUAAAGCACAGUUAAUUUAAAGAUAUCGUCGGUAUAUGCACCUGUACUAACCACGUGACUUUAAUCAUUCAAACUUGUAUUAUCGGCCUCAUACUACCUCGUAUUGACAAUUCUAAGCUUGUUUUGUGGAAACAAUAUAUUUGCCGAUUUUGAAACUGGUGUUUAUCCCCUUUCAGAGCUAUCACGGUUGCUCUGGCUUGAUUUCUUCGCCUACCAGUAAUAUUGGUGUCCGGUCGCUAUUUUUUAACUUUCACACCAUUUAUAGGUAAUGUUGAUGUGUGUAUGUGCGGUCUGGUGGUGGUGUUUGUAUUUGUGUAUGAGAUGUUAAUAUGCUUGUGUCUGUAGUUUAUUGUCGCCUUGCACCCCCAAAAUAAUUAGUUUUUAAUGUUCGACUUUUUUGCUUGAACCUGUAAUAUGCAUUGUAGUUUAUUAAAUAAUUUUCAUUGUAAUUAUACCCUUUAUUGUAUUUACUUUCAUUUGGUUAGAAUAUACUUUUUAUAAUUUUGAUAUGUUUUUUGCUUUCUCUAACGGUAAUAUACUAACAUUAAUAUUGAUAAUAUCCGGACCCGGGAGAAAAAAAACUCUUGUAUGGCUUUGGUGAGUGAUAUAAAUGACAAUAGGGCCAAACCAAUAAAGUACAGGUAAAAGCCAAUCAGCUGAAGGUUUUAAAAGACCGACCAUACAAUAUGUUCGACACUCAAACCGGAUAUACGUGCAAACCAAAAAGUUUACCAAACGUCCAGCAUAUUAGAAAAAAGUUGAUAUAUGGCGUAGCUUGGCCGUUGCCUGUGAAUAAGCACUUACUAACAUUUAGUGUCUCAUAACAGCCCGGGACAAAGUCGAGGGACUUUGCAAGCUGGAGGACCAAUCCGUGUAUUAACCUCUUAAUGCAAAGUUAUCUUUUUCAUUUGUAAGUUAACUACAUAAUGUUCAAAGUGUACGCCCACUCUAGACCGUUACAUUCCUAUUCUCGUCAAGCUUUAGGAUUAUGAGUAAUCUUACUCAAUUUAAAUAUAGUCUUUGAAAAUUAGCCAUAUCGGAAAAAACGCAAACAACAAUUUGCUGCUUGUUGUUUUUUACAUCCAUUUCAUUUUUUUGUGAAUAUUUACACGUUUUAGUGUAAGCUUGAAAAGUCUACAGCAGUCUAUCCGAGCUUGUUUUGUAAGAAUCACUAUGCAUUGUCAUUUUUGAUAUGCAAAUAUAUAUAAAAUGUGCAGUAUGUAAGGAUAUACAAAUUUGGAGCUUA